AUGUCGGCCCCUCACUUCUGGUCGACGCCUCUGCGCUACCUCCGCUGGGCAUCUUACGAGAAGCCUGCUAUCUUUUACUCGAUCAUUGUCGGAUCAAUGGGCCCUGUCGCGCUCGUGACGCUCCCUCCCAUCAGACGCUUCUUCGGCGAUGUCGACCCCGAGCCUAUUCCUCUGACGUAUCCCAUUCGACAAGCUAACGUGCGGCUUCCGCCAACUCCAGUUCCCAAGGGCCCCCGAGUGAUCCCUCAAGGUUUUGACGACGAGUAG